UGGCAGAGUGCUGCAGUUUCACUCGUCUAUUGAAAUACUUUUCAAAAUCACUUGUUCAACAAGAUCUUUAACUGGGCUCCUUGCAGAUCAUAGGUACUUGGAGUGGUGAUAUAUCGGGUAGUAUUUCUUGUAUCACCGACUGAAUUGAUUCUGGAAUGCCAGAGGAUACAGUUUCUCAACCACAGGCUGUCCAUAGCCACCUGGAGAAACCAUCAGCUACAGCAAUUCUCUGCAAUAACUGUGGAAGCCCAUGCAAAGGGGAAGUUUUGAGAGUUCAGAACAAACAUUUUCAUAUUAAGUGUUUUGUUUGUAAAGCUUGUGGAUGUGACCUGGCUCAAGGAGGAUUUUUUGUGAGACAGGGAGACUACAUCUGUACUUUGGACUAUCAAAGACUCUAUGGCACACGGUGCAUCAGCUGUGAUGAAUUCAUUGAGGGGGAAGUAGUUUCAGCACUGGGGAAAACCUACCACCCGGCCUGUUUUGUGUGUGCUAUUUGCAGGCUGCCUUUUCCUCCAGGGGGCCUGUCUACACUGCCCCCUGCUGGCAGCAAUAGCACUUUCCUCAUCCAGGCCCUGCGAAGGCUGACAAUCCGGGUCCUGUCUGCGAGGCGUGGAUGUAUGGUUGCACUAAAAUACUGCUGA